UUUUACUCUUUUAAGAGGGAACAAAAGAUAAAGAGCAAAAUAUCGCACAAAACCAAAAUCAGAUGGCAUGAGACGCGUCAAAGUUCAAAUGUAAAAGCAUCAUCCACUGCAAUCUGCAUUCCCAGUUGAGAACGAAACCAAGUCACCUCCUUUCCCUACCUAUUAAAUUUGACAGCGAUCCAUAACCAAUCCACCAUAUUUUUCCUCUCCCCAAAACCCUAUUUAAUGUCCACAUUUGCUGCAUAAUCUCACAACCGAUUUGGAUAGAAUAAUGAUAAAGAGUACCGUUGAUGACAACGGCCACGCCCAAAUUCCUGAUCAACAACAUCACUGCCACUGUUGCCAUUUUCUUCAUCAACAAAAGCCCAUACCAAAGUGCUUACCGAAACGCAUAAUCUUGGUUCGUCACGGCGAAAGCGAAGGUAAUAAAGACGACGCUAUGUACACCGUAACCCCUGAUUAUAGGAUCCCAUUAACUCCUAAAGGAAUUGGUCAAGCUAAAGAAGCUGGGUCCCGAAUUUUCAAUGUUGUUUCUGAUAAUGGCACGUCGGAUAAUUGGAAGGUUUAUUUCUAUGUGUCUCCGUAUGUGAGGACACGUUCUACGUUAAGGGAGAUUGGUAGGGCGUUUUCGAGAAGGAGAGUGCUUGGUGUGAGGGAAGAAUGUAGAAUUAGAGAACAGGAUUUUGGGAACUUUCAAGUGGCGGAGAGGAUGAAAGUGAUUAAGGAGACGAGAGAGAGAUUUGGACGAUUCUUUUAUCGAUUUCCUGAGGGAGAAUCUGCUGCUGAUGUUUAUGAUAGAGUUUCCAGUUUCCUUGAAUCUCUUUGGAGGGACAUUGAUAUGAACAGACUCCACCAUGACCCUAAUGACGAUUUGAAUCUUGUGAUUAUAUCCCAUGGUCUAGCUAGUCGUGUCUUUCUGAUGAAGUGGUUCAAGUGGACGGUUGAGCAAUUUGAGUAUCUAAACAAUUUAGGAAAUUGUGAAUUUCGAGUUAUACAAUUAGGGCUUGGUGGAGAAUACAGCUUAGCGGUCCACCAUACUGAAGAAGAGAUGCUAGAAUGGGGACUAUCCCCUGAAAUGAUUUCAGACCAAAAAUGGCGAGCUCAUGCUAGCAGGAGUUCAUGGAACGACAAAUGCUCUUGGUACCUUGAUGCUUUCUUUGACCAUCUAGCUAAUUCAGAUGAUGAUGAUUAUGAUGAAGUGAAAUCAAACUUCUCCGACUAGUUUAGUGCUGCUUUUGGUGCACUUGUUCUGAUUCCUUACAUCAUGUAGUCUAUAUGAGUAAUUAAUUUGGUUAUUUACAGAGGUAGUCGUAACAUCCAUUUGACUUUCAUGCGGUAGUCCACUUUUGGGAGCAUAAAGCAUUUGUUUGAUUUUGUUGCAUUCAAUAUCAGUAACAUCAACUAAAGAGCUGAUUGUAAAUUUUAAUCAAUUGUCUUUAUAUCA